AUGUCGGGCCUCUCGUCCCUCAAGACGGCGUGCCCGGAGAAGGCAGCCAUCUAUCAUCACACCAGCAGACAAGUCACACCGAAUAUGUUCGCAUCCACUCUCACCUCGGUGCCGCUACUCUGCGCCGCCGGCGCGCUGGCUCAGACCCUGGCCGGCACGACGCCCAGCACCGGCAAGAACCCCGGUGCGCGUUAA